CGCACGAUUCCAGCUAGCUCACUCCGACACUUAUUGCCGUCGAGUCGGGAAAUCUCGUCUCCUCUCCAGCCAGGACACCUCAACCCAUAUCGGCCAAGACAAUCAAUCGUCACCAUGUCGGCCGCUUUCAGCAACUCGGGUGCCGGCGCAUCCGAGUCGGACGCUGCUGCCAAGCCGGGGUCCUCCGGGUCUCAAGCAGUAACUCCCGGGGCACAGCCGCCCCAGCGGGCCCGGCAGAAGAAGCGCAGCCAAGUGGUCCGGGCCUGCGACUGGUGCCGGAAGCAUCGCGUCAAGUGCGACAACCACUACCCGUGCUCCAACUGCGCCCAGAGGGGCGGCGAGUGCAGCAAUGAGAUCAUGAAGGCCGCCUCGCUGCCCCUCGCCCAGCGCGAGAUUGACCGUCUGCGGCUGAAGAUCCAGGAGCUGGAGUUGGAGCUCAAGCAGGAACGCGCCACCCGCGAAGUUACACCCCACAGCGACCCCAGCCGUUACCUUGCGGCCCUGUCCCCGCCGGAGCUGAGUGUUGUCGGUUCCGAAUACGGGGAUCCGUCGCGCAUCAACGCCUGGGGAGGCAUCCGCAUGAGCACGGCGCGGUCCAAGAACAAGACCUGGUACGGACCGUCCUCGCUGUUCUACUUCAUCGGCCGCAUCAACGCCUUCCUGGGUGGCACGCUCCAACAGCCGCACUCGGCAGACCACAUGCUGCUCGACUCAUCCAGUCGACGUCUCGAUGAGCCCACCGCAACUCCUGAGGAGGAGGAACCCUCGUUCCAUGGUAUUAAUCAUCCCUCGGGAUUCGCACAAGACCCCGUCCCCAAGGCAACGUACCUGAGUCCCACCCAAGAAGAGUAUUUCCUGGACCUGUUCUGGCAGUCCUACCACACCUCACUGUUCCCCAUCCUCGACGAGACCGGCUUCAAGGAGCAUUACAGGUCGCUCUGGACAGCAUCCGGCAACACCCGCAAGCCAUCGGCACUCGUCGACAUUGUAGUCGCUAUGUGCAUGCAGUACGGCAUGUCCAUGUUGCCCGCCGUCAAGCAGCAGCAAGUCUUUGUGGACAACGACCACGAUGCCGCCAUUGCCGGCCGCUGGCACUAUCGGCGCUCCCAGACCCUGCUGGCCCGCGAGCUCGAGAGCCCGACCGUGUCGACGCUGCAGUGCCAUCUCCUGUGCUGCAUCUACCUGUGCUGCGGUUCCUUCCAGAACAUGGCCGACAGCGCGUGCGGCCUCGCGGUGCGCGCGGCCUAUAUGCUCGGCCUCCACCUGGACCCUCCGCCGACCAUGCCCCAGCGGGAGAGGGAGAUGCGCAAGCGGCUGUGGUGGGCGCUGUACGUCUUGGACAGCAAGAUCGGCAUGAAGCUCGGGCGCCCGUUCCUGCUGCCGCACCUCUCCGCUGCCACGCCUUCCCUGCCGGGCGACCAUCUCGAGGCGGCGCUGCAAUCGGGCUCUAACUUCGCCCCGCUGGGCGACAACGUCACCUGGCUGAGCUUCAACCUGCAGCAGUCGAAGCUGUUCCAAGCAGCCCGGACGGUGCACACCGCCUUCUACGACAGGACCCCUAACGUCGACGACGGCCUGACCAUAUGGGAUGACCCACCGGCCCUGGCGAGUCACGCAGAGUUCAUCCGCCCUUACAUGAAGGGCCUGGACGACUGGGCCGCGGGCGUCCCCGUCGCGCUACUCACAAAGAGACAAAACAACGGCGCGCCCCUCUCCACGGAUGGCUCGGCCCUGGACAUCGAGCAGUUCGCGCCCGUCUGGCUGCAGCGGCAACGUCUCCUCCUGGAGCUCAUGUACCAUCACCUAUCGGCAAACCUCUACCGCCCCUUCAUCUCCUUUGGCAGUUCGCCCACCACCUCCUACCCCUCAUCCUCCACAGUCACAGCCGCAGCCGCCGCCGCCGCCGCAAAGGAUGCCGCGACAAAGUGCGCCCGGCACGCCACGACGGUAACGCGCAUCACACACCAGGUCCUCUCGACGACGGCCAUCCUGGCCGGCUGGCACGAGGCCUUCCAGCUGCAGUGGAAUGCAGCGCUGACGCUCGUGGGGUUCGUGCUCUCGCAACUGGCCCACCACGGCGGCGGCGGAGCUACCACUGCUGCUGCUGCUGCUGAGGAGGAGGCGAGGAAGGCCAUUGACCUGUCCGUGGCCGUCUUUGACAUUUUCAGCGACAGCUUCGCGGUGGCCUCCAGCGCGGCCAGGAUCAUGCGGGACUUGGGGGCCAAGGUCGAUUUUUUGAGGCAGGUCCAGCACCAGCAGCAGCAGCAGGAGGCCGGCGGUUUUGGGGAGGUGAUGGUGGGUGGUGGUGGCGGUCAGACCAUGAUGCCGUCGUCGUCGGCGAACACCACGAUGAUGAUGAUGAUGCUGGGGAAUGGCGGUUCCGAGAUACAGCCAGAUACGUCGGCCGUGUCCAAGACGUGGGGGGGUGCGUUGAGCGCGGAUGAGCUGAACUCGGCCUCGAUGCAGGACGUGUUCAACAUGGCCUUUGCUGUCGAUGAAUGGAGCAAUCUCGACUCGCUGUGGCCGGGUAUGGAAAGCCAGUUUCCGGUGGUACUUGAACAGUAUGUUCUUGGGUAGGUAGGUAGUCGAUAGGAAGCAGAGUGAGUCAAUGUUAACUUCACCCUGCGCUUACCCUAUCUUUACUGUUGUGGGAUGUAGGCUUUGCCUUGGGCGAGCUUGUGUGUAGCGCAUGAUGGUGGA